CAGCCGGUCGUCAUUGGCCGUCGGCGGCCGAGCGCCGGGGCUCUGCUACCUGUAGCUAGGGGCUCAGGAGCUCCGCAGCGCGGCUCUCCGGUCGGCGGCUUCUCGCGAGAACGCUGCGCUCUUCUUGGCUGUGGCAGCUGCGGCAGCUUGAGGAAGGAACGUCAUGGACGCUCUCGGGGACUUCGUCUGGCCGCGGGCGACCUCGGAGCUCAUACUCCUCCCGGUCACGGGUCUGGAGUGCGUUGGGGACCGGCUGCUAGCGGGUGAGGGGCCUGACUUACUGGUGUACAACUUGGACUUCGGUGGGCAUCUCCGGAUGCUGAAGCGAGUGCAGAACCUGCUUGGCCACUAUCUUAUCCAUGGGUUCCGAGUGCGACCAGAGCCCAAGGGAGACGUUGACUCUGAGGCCAUGAUAGCUGUGUUUGGGAGUAAGGGACUCAGAAUUGUGAAAAUUAGCUGGGGUCCAAGCCAUCUUCGAGAGCUCUGGCGCUCUGGCCUGUGGAACAUGUCCGACUGGAUCUGGGAUGUUCGCUGGCUGGAGGGCAAUGUGGCCUUGGCCUUGGGCCACAACUCAGUGGUGCUGUAUGACCCUGUGACUGGGUGCAUGCUGCAGGAUGUACCCUGCACAGACAGGUGCACCCUCUCCUCGGCCUGCCUGAUUGGAGACACCUGGAAAGAACUGACCAUAGUGGCAGGUGCGGUUUCCAACCAGCUCCUGGUCUGGUAUCCAGCCACUGCUUUAACAGACAACAAACCUGUGGCACCUGACCGGCGGGUUAGUGGACACGUGGGUGUCAUCUUCAGCAUGUCAUACCUCGAAAGCAAGGGCCUGCUGGCAACUGCUUCAGAAGAUCGAAGUGUCCGUAUCUGGAAGGUGGGCGACCUCCGGGUGCCUGGGGGUCGGGUGCAGAAUAUUGGUCACUGCUUUGGACAUAGUGCCCGUGUGUGGCAGGUGAAGCUCUUAGAGAAUUACCUUAUUAGUGCAGGAGAGGACUGUGUCUGCUUGGUUUGGAGCCAUGAAGGUGAGAUCCUUCAAGCCUUUCGGGGCCACCAGGGCCGCGGGAUCCGUGCCAUAGCUGCGCAUGAGAGGCAAGCCUGGGUGAUCACUGGGGGUGACGACUCAGGCAUUCGGCUCUGGCAUCUGGUAGGGCGUGGGUACCCAGGCUUGGGCGUCUCAGCUCUGUCCUUCAAGUCCCCUAGCCGGCCAGGUGCCCUCAAGGCUGUGACUCUGGCUGGUUCUUGGAGAGUACUGGCAGUGACUGAUGCAGGAGCCCUCUACCUCUACGACGUUGAGGUCAAAUGCUGGGAGCAGCUGCUGGAGGACAAUCGAUUUACGUCUUACUGUCUGCUGGAAGCAGCUCCAGGGCCUGAGGGCUUUGGACUCUGUGCCUUGGCCAAUGGGGAGGGUCUUGUCAAGGUUGUCCCUAUCAACACUCCCACUGCUGCUGUGGACCAGAACCUGUUCCAGGGGAAGGUCCACAGCCUGAGUUGGGCCCUCCGUGGCUAUGAGGAGCUUCUGUUGCUGGCAUCAGGCCCUGGUGGGGUAGUAGUUUGCUUGGAGAUCUCAGCUGCACCUACUGGCAAGGCCAUCUUUGUCAAGGAACGUUGCCGGUACCUGCUUCCCCCAAGCAAGCAGAGAUGGCACACAUGUAGUGCCUUCCUGCCCCCAGGUGACUUCCUGGUCUGUGGGGACCGCCGUGGCUCUGUGAUGCUGUUCCCUGCCAGACCAAGUCUAUUCAAAAAUCCUGGGGGUGGAGGCAAGGCUAUCACUGAAGCUGCGGCACCUGGAGCUGGUGGUAGCAGUGGUGGGUCUGAGAAGGUUGCAACAGGGUUACGCCCAGUAUCUUCCCUCCAUUCUCUGCAUGGGAGACAGGGAGUGACCUCAGUUACCUGUCAUGGUGGCUAUGUAUACAGCACAGGGCGUGAUGGCACCUACUACCAGCUCUUCGUACAUGGCGGCCAGCUCCAGCCAGUCCUAAGGCAGAAGUCCUGUCGUGGCAUGAACUGGAUAGCUGGGCUUCGCAUGGUGCCUGAUGGAAGCAUGGUCAUCUUGGGUUUCCAUGCCAAUGAAUUUAUAGUGUGGAGCCCCCGGUCCCAUGAGAAGCUGCAUAUCGUCAACUGUGGUGGAGGGCACCGCUCCUGGGCCUUUUCUGAUACUGAGGCAGCCAUGGCCUUUGCCUACCUUAAGGAUGGUGAUGUCAUGCUCUAUCGGGCUCUAGGUGGCUGCAUUCGUCCAAAUGUGAUUCUCCGAGAGGGUCUGCAUGGCCGUGAAAUCACAUGUGUAAGGCGCGUAGGCACUGUAACCCUGGGCCCUGAAUUUGAGGUACCCAGCUUGGAGCAUCCUGACUACCUGGAGCCUGGCAGUGAGGGGCCUGGUCUGAUUGACAUCGUGAUCACAUGCAGCGAGGACACUACUGUCUGUGUCCUAGCGCUUCCCACAACCACAGGCUCAGCCCAUGCACUCACAGCUGUUUGUAACCAUAUCUCUUCGGUGCGUGCUCUGGCAGUGUGGGGCAUUGGCACUCCAGGUGGCCCACAGGAUUCUCGACCAGGUCUCACUGCUCAAGUAGUAUCUGCCGGGGGUCGAGCCGAGAUGCACUGCUUCAGCAUCAUGGUCACUCCUGACCCCAGCACCCCAAGCCGCCUUGCCUGCCACGUCAUGCACCUUUCAUCCCACCGGCUCGAUGAGUACUGGGACCGGCAUCGUAACCGGCACCGGAUGGUCAAGGUGGACCCUGAGACCAGGUACAUGUCUCUUGCUAUUUGUGAGUUUGACUCGGAUAAGCCUGGCUUUGGACCCCUUGUGGCUGCAGCCUGUAGUGAUGGAGCAGUAAGGCUUUUUCUCUUGCAGGACUCUGGGCGAAUUCUGCAUCUCCUUGCUGAGACUUUCCACCAUAAGCGGUGUGUUCUCAAAGUCCAUUCCUUCACUCAUGAGGCACCUGACCAGCGGCGGAGGCUGAUCCUGUGCAGUGCAGCUACAGACGGCAGCCUGGCCUUCUGGGAUCUUACCACCGCGAUGGACCGUGGCUCCACUACCCUGGAGUCCCCAGCACACCCUGGGCUUCCCUAUCAGCUGGGCACUCCCUGCUUGACCGUCCAGGCCCAUAGCUGUGGUGUCAACAGCCUGCACACCCUGCCUACCCCUGAGGGCCACCAUCUUGUGGCCAGUGGCAGUGAGGAUGGGUCACUCCAUGUCUUUACCCUUGCUGUGAAGAUGCCAGAGCUGGAAGAGGCUGAUGGGGAGGCUGAGCUGGUGCCCCAGCUGUGUAUCCUAGAGGAAUAUUCUGUCCCCUGUGCACAUGCUGCCCACGUGACAGGCCUCAAGAUCCUAAGUCCCAGCCUCAUGGUCUCAGCCUCCAUAGACCAACGGCUGACCUUCUGGCGUCUGGGGCAUGGUGAGCCCACCUUCAUGAACAGCACUGUGUACCACGUACCAGAUGUGGCUGACAUGGACUGCUGGCCUGUGAGCCCUGAGUUUGGCCAUCGCUGUGCUCUUGGGGGUCAGGGACUUGAGGUUUAUAACUGGUAUGACUGAGUUAUCUCAGUUGUUGGAGAACUGAGCAUGGGGCCUGCCUGUAGACAGUGGAGCAGGGAUCUGC